AUGUCUGUGUGGCUUAAGCCUAGUAUUUCUCAGGAAAUUAUGAAUAAUAAAGAAAUAUUUGAAGAAACACAAAGUAUAAUAGCUGACCUAAUGGCUGGUCAUCUGGAGAUCACAAAUCUUGUUGAAAAUAUGGCAGAGGUCCUUACAAAUGUUGAAGCUGAAAAUCGGGAGAAAGGAAUGAAAUUCUUUACAAAAAUUCUUAAAGAGCUUCCAUAUGACUAUUUAAAUGAGACGCAAGUUAAAUUUAUCACACGGUUUUAUAUAGAUCGCUUGAAAGAUAACCAUAGGGUUAUACCUGCAGUUUUAGAAGGCUACCUGACAAUAAUUGAAAUGAAACAUUAUGAUAUGGCUCUUACUUCAGAAUUUUUCACGAUGCUUUUUAGAGAAGUCACAUGCCAGUCACAAGUGAGACAAGAUCGAUAUAAUAUUUACAACAUAAUACUUAAAUUAUUAAAAAAGGAUUCCCAAUGUCUAAAAACCUUAGGGCCUGAUUUUUUGUAUGGAUUCAUAUCAGCUAUGGAAGGCGAAAGAGACCCUCGCAAUUUAUUGUUCCUUUUCACUUUUCUUCCUACAUUCCUUAAGCAUAUAUCCUUGGGUCAUCUGGUUGAAGAAAUGUUUGAAGUCAUUUCAUGUUACUACCCCAUUGAUUUCCACCCCUCUCCGGAUGACCCAGCACCUGUAACUAGACAGGAUUUGGCAAAUGCACUGUGCCCUUGCCUAUGUGCUGUUCCUGAAUUUGGAGAGCAAUGUAUGGUGUUGCUCAUAGAAAAGUUGGAUUCUAGUUUAAGAAUGGCUAAACUUGAUUCAUUGGCACUUUUGAGAGAAAGUUGUAAGAUUUUUUCCGCCGAAACAUAUGGACCAUUUCUUAAGACCUUGUGGUCUUCAAUACAUAGGGAAAUAUCUCAUAAAACAGAUGAAGAACUCAAAAUGGCAGCUCAUGAAUCUCUAUCAGCCUUAGUUUCAAAAUUAGCGACAACAGCUGGUACAGACCAGGCUUUUGAGAAUUUUGUCAAAGGUGUACUUAUAUCUAUGCAAACUGCUGUUGCUGAGUCUUCCACUGUUGCCCAGUUUGUUAAGGCAGCUAAAGUUCUAUUAACAACAGCAAAUGCUUCAAAAGAGUCCUGUAUAAUUAUAACAAAAUCAAUGAUCCCUGCAAUAGUGGCAUACUAUGAAUUCAAUCCAUCUGCUAAACUUCAAAUAGCGAGUAUAGAUUUUCUUGGAGAUCUGCACGAUAUGGCGAAUCAUUGGGAAGUUCUCAAUGAAAUUCAAGCACAAACCAUUGAAAUACCGAGAUUAUGUCUAACUGCAGUUAGCAAUCCUUCCAAAGAAUACCAGAUAGCAGGUUUUAAAAGUUUAAUUAGAACAAAGAAUUUGUUACAAGAAGACUUAGUAUUGCCAUUCAUUGAAGUUCUCAUUCAUAACAUCCAACAUUCUCAAGACGAGAACUUAUUGAGUGUGAGUGUGGCGACUGUCCAUACAAUAGCUAGGAAAUACCCAGAAAUGGUGAUGGAUUUAGUAGUAAGAGGAAAAUGUGAUUUAGAUAAUUUGACUGAAGACAAGGCUGCUUUAGAAAAACGCUUGAAUUUAUUGUCCAACUUGGCUAGUAUUGACGAUUUUACCAAAGUUAUAAUUAGUGAAAUGCUUAAAAUGGUUACUACGUAUAAUGAAAAUGCGCCAAAAGUAAUAGAAGCUUUAAGCGAAUCCAUGUCUGAUGCCUCUCUCUAUACAGGACAAAAACUGACUGAAAUCGAGAGUGAUCAUGGUUUGAUAGAUUCUAUCAUGUCCUGGAUAUUAAAAGAACUGCACACAAGUUCUGAUGAAGCAUUGUCUCAUGGUUACAAACUGAUUUCUAAUACAAUGAGAAGUUUGCCAAUAGAUAAACAACAGAAAAUACUAUCAAACUAUACUGAUAUUGUGGAAAAGUGUAAAAAGAAUGAGGUAUAUUUUAAUGUAUUGAAAAGUUUGUACAGUCCACUCAAUCAGAGUAUUUAUAAUGAAAAUUUUGAGGAAAUUAUGAUUCUGUCUGUAGAAUUAGCUUUAAAGAGUAAUGAAGAAAAAAUUAGAUGUCAAGCUUGUGUUUUGAUAGCGCAUUUCAUAAAUAAGGUGGAAUACGGUCAAAAGUUUGAACUGCUUUACGAGAUAUUGAAAAAUCAUCUCUCUAAUUAUGAUUCCAAUGAAGAAACAAUGAUAUGUCAAAGAUUAAUAGUCUUGUAUGGAUGGCUAACCAAGGCUUUGAUUAUGAGAGGUAGUGAUGUGUUUGCAUUUUGGUUAAAAAAGAUUAUGUCCGCAUUGACGACUGUGGAAUACUGUAGUCUUGGUGCCGAAGCUAUACGUCUAAUCAUGGAAGAUCAUACAGGCUCUUCUAACACCAUGUUCUAUACUAGAACUACGCUCUUGUUUAAACAAAGGAUGUAUGAGAAUUUCGCAAGUUUGACCUCAAAUAUGGGCCCGAUGAGCGAAGACGUGAAAGAAGCUUAUUUGGUCAGUUGGGCGUAUGUACUACAAAAUACGUCUAAAGUUAUAUUGAACAGAGACGUCGCAAAGAUUAUGCCUCUAUUGAUAGAAUCGUUGGAAUAUGACAAUAAGGAGUUAUUAUCUGUGAUGAGUAGUGUUCUGUGCUACUACGUUCAGCAGAAACAACUUGCUGUGGCGGACAGCUUACAGACUCUACUGCCUAGACUGGUCAAGUUGACCCAAUACACCAAAUCUAUGGAUGUACGAAUAAAGGGUCUUCAGUGUCUCUACGAAAUAGCCAACACUUAUCGCACAGUUCUACUUCUGCCGCACAAACAGGACGUUUUAUUGGAUUUAGCGCCAUCUCUUGACGACAAGAAGAGGCUCGUUCGAAGCGCGGCUGUGAAAGCUCGCACCCGUUGCCUUUUCAGGUCUGCAUCCAGUGUUGCCAACUCGGAUUUUGAAAAAAGCGUAGGCCCGAUGAGAAAAUUACGUAGAAUUGGUAAAAUUUGCAUAUGA